AUGCAAGGAGGUAAGCUUUCCUUCACUUUUUCCUCUGAGAAUUCCUUGUUCUCAGCUUCUCGCUCGAGAAGCCAAGAAAUGAGCUCUAUUGUUGAGACUUUGACACAAGCUAAUCACUGCUGUAGGCAUAUUGCACUGACCACGACGGGUUUGUGCCGUGCUCUCUCCACAAAUCUCUGUUGCAAUGUUGCGAUGCAGUCAGCCAACCACAACGACAAUUUGGAGAAGCGCUCUGAGGGGUACAAAACCCCCCACCACAACAGACGCCCCGGUUUGGCUGAACAUCUUGGAACCACCCCCGCCAAUCAACGGUCGACUGAGCCUGCUGCAGACGCUAAAAACGACCUGAUUAGCAGUGCCGCAUGUACCUCGACUUGUUGGCGGGUUGCAUUACAACUGGCGCAACCAAGGUCUUUGUGCAACCAAAUGAUCUCCUGCACUCAACUGGUUUCUUUUCUUCUUUCUUCAGGCCUUUUCGUGGUCUCCCCCGCCUUGUUCCCUUUGGCGGAGUUCCAUCGAAAACAGUCCGGCCAUAGGCAGAGUCUGCAGAUUCUGAGCUGGGGUCCGAUGCGCCAGCAAACUCUCGAUAGCCGCAGCGGCCACUCGCACCUACGACAUCCUUGCAUUUCUGUCCCUUCUGUGGAUGGAUGGAUCGCGCAGCAGCAGCCUCUACCUUGCUAA